AUGGCACUCAGAGCAAAGGCACCAGUGUGCUGGGCAGGGCCCUGGAUGUCCCUGUGCAGGGCAUAUUCCCAGGGCAUCAGAGCUGCUUCAGGGAAACUGCUGCCCUUUGAAGCCAUACCCCAGAGUCCUGGCAACAAGUGGAUUGGGAUGCUGCAUGCCUGGAGGGAAAAUGGUAUAGAAAACUACCAUCUGGAGAUGCAUCAAAACUUCCAGCAGCUGGGACCCAUUUUUAGGACUAAUAAGGGAGGGAAGCAAAGAGUGUAUGUGAUGCUGCCAGAGGAUCUGCAGACGCUGCAGCAGGCGGACAGUCUCCAACCCCUACGACCCACCCUGGAACCCUGGAUAGCCUAUCGACAGGAUCGAGGGCUCAAAUGUGGAGUGUUCUUGCUAAAUGGGCCUGAGUGGCGCUCACAGCGAAUGAAACUGAACCCAGAUAUACUGUCACCUCCAGCCAUGUGGAAUUACAGCCCCAUGGUGGAUGAGGUUGCCAGGGAGUUCUGCAAGAUCUUGAAGGCCAAGGUGCUACAGAAUGCCCGGGGCAGUCUGACCCUGGACAUAAGGCCAGGCAUCUUCCACUAUAUCAUGGAAGCCAGCAAUGUAGCCCUUUAUGGAGAGCGGAUGGGCCUCCUUGGAAAAGACCCAAAUCCUACAAGCCUGAAAUUUUUGGCUGCCCUAGAAACCAUGUUCCAGUCCACUGUGCAACUCAUGUUCAUGCCCAGAAGUCUGUCCCAAUGGAUAAAAAGGGCUGUGUGGAAGGAGCACUUUGAGGCCUGGGACUAUAUCUUCCAGCAUGCUAACAACUGUAUGCAGAAAAUCUACCAGGAGCUGGCCCUCAGCCAUCCACACCACUACAGCGGCAUUAUGGCUGAGAUGUUGAUUCGUGCAGACUUAUCUUUGGAUGCCAUCAGGACCAAUGCUGUUGAUUUCACUGCUGGGAGCGUGGACACGUCUUCCUACAGCCUGCUGAUGACCUUAUUUGAGCUGGCUAGGAACCCCAAAGUGCAGCAGGCCCUGCAUCAGGAGAUCCUGGAAUCUGAGGCUGCGAUCUCUGAAAAGCCCCAGAGGAUAAUCUCAGAGCUACCCCUGCUGCAGGCAACCCUUAAGGAGACCUUGAGGCUGUACCCAGUAGGUGUCACUGUGGACAGAGUGUUGACGUCAGACGUGGUUCUGCAGAACUACCACAUUCCAGCUGGGACAGUGGUCAUGGUGUCUCUUUAUUCCCUGGGUCGAAACCCUACUACAUUCACCAGACCUGAGUGCUAUCACCCCCAACGAUGGUUGGAAAGGAAGGAUUCCAUCUCCCGGUUACCCAGCUGGGGGUUUGGCUUUGGUGUGCGCCAGUGUGUGGGCAGGCGCCUGGCCAAGACAUCGAUCUUGCUCUUGCUGUACCACAUGCUGAAAAAUUUCCAACUUGAUAUUUUAACACGAGACGAUAUAAAGAUGAAACACUACUUCGUAUUAAAGCCCUCCACCUUCCCCCCACUGACGUUGAAGGCCAUCAAGUAG